AUCAAAAUGAAAUUCAUCAUUGUCUUCGCUGCUCUCUUCGCCUUGGCUUUGGCCGCCCCCGCUGAUGUUGAAAUUGUCAGAAGCGAAUCUGACGUUGGUCCUGAAUCUUUCAAAUAUGUUUCCGAAACCAGCGAUGGCAGCAAGACUGAAGCUGAAGGUCAAUUGAAGAACGUUGGUGCUGAAGAUGAAGCUAUUGUUGUCCGUGGUUCCUACUCCUUCGUUGCUGAUGAUGGCCAAACCUACACCGUCACCUAUGUUGCUGAUGAAAACGGUUUCCAACCCCAAGGUGCUCAUUUGCCCGUUGCCCCUGAAGCCUAAGAUGUAGUUGUUGUUUUGUUUAGUUAAAAAAUAAAA